CAUAUAAUUUCAUUUUGUGCCUAAAUCUAUGGGUAAAGUAUGAUUAAUAACAGAUUAAACAUAAAAAUUCUUGAAUUUGUUCUUUGUCAGGAGGGAUUAUUUAAAAAUCAAAAGAGCUCUAAAAUAUUAAUUCAAUUUCACAGGAAAGAGGAAAGAAUGUUAGAAAAUUGUUUAUCGAAACUAAAGAGAUCCAGAAUUACAGCUACUCACAAUCACACCAUUUAAAUUAAGUUAAUCCUGAGUAGCAUUAAUUAAGAAAAACAGAAGCCAAGAGUAGUAGAACCACCACUGGUCCCUCCGUCAAAUCUUUUUUAUAUCUAAAGGUUAAAUCUCUCUCCUUUACAGUCAUUAAAGUUUUUUAAAAAUAUGCUAUACUAAGAUAAAACUAAUUUCAAUUUAUAAAUACACACUCAUGUGCAUUUAUUAAAAAACAAAACAAAAACCCAGUGUCAUCUCAAACACAAAAGCAAUUGAGAAAGAGGGAAAUAGGCUUAACACUGAUUUUUUUCUUUUCCUAACCAUCAACUGUUGCCAGGAGAAAAACCACAACUCUCCCUGGGAGGUGGCCAGUACCCUAGAAGGCAUUUCUGCACAAAAAGAGUUAAUGGGCAGACAGCUCAGCUAAACAGUGACCAUUUGCAAGCCUCCUAGGUAUAUUCCCAGCAGACUCAUUAUCAGAUUAAAGGAACUGCAAACAAACUAGGCUGAAACCAUUCUUUGUCCAAGCCCAGCCUCUUCUUCCUGUGAUGUCAUAUUACAAAUCUAGCAAGCCUUUCUUUUUCACUUCAGAGAAAGCCAAUCACACAAUACAGCUGGCAACUGUGGAAAACGCCUCAGUUCAGCAAGCGCGAACACGCUUAGGAAUUCAGUUGGGACCUUUAAAAGACACUUCUGCUCACCACCAUCUGGGAUCCACUGCAGGAACACCAAAAAGGAAAAUCUUACUCAAAAGGAACAAGAAGCAAAUGAGAACAAAUUAGGAAUGCUUAAGUCUCUGAAACUUUGCACUGGAAAGCAAAGUAAGAUUGAUAACUUCAACUUAAACAUACCGGAGCUUAAAGAAACUUUAAUUUUGGAACAUUUGCCUUGACUACUGAAAUACAAACUUACAAAACUACAAGUUUACAAAACACAAGCUUAAAACUUGUUUUAUUGCUGUCUCCGAACGCAGUUCUUCUUUAAUCCCAUGGGCUGGCUUUACUGACUGCAUUUUUUAAAAGUUUCUCAUCAGUUAACCAACGCCUGGAUUCACAGAUUUUCUGGAGACUAGAAGAGGAGAAUGUUUUCCCAUUAAAGAACCCAGCGGAAACUUCACAGCAACAAAUUUCAUGUUUCUUUUGGCGAUUCCAGAGAAAAAGGAAAUAUUUAUAAAACCAUCCAAAGAGCCAAAGAAUUUGCAAAUAAUCGGAGGUUAUAAAGUGUUCACGAUCUUCUGCCAAAGGAGACUGCAGCUGACAAAAGGACGUCACCACUGUAAACUGGGAGCGCCUUUAUGAUGGUAAGCACUAACAGCUCCCACUGCUCCUAUGAUGACUCCUUUAAGUACACUUUGUAUGGGUGUGUGUUUAGUAUGGUGUUUGUGCUUGGAUUAAUAUCCAAUUGUGUUGCCAUAUACAUUUUCAUCUGCACGCUCAAAAUUCGAAAUGAAACUACAACUUACAUGGUUAAUUUGGCCAUGUCAGACUUGCUUUUCGUUUUUACUCUACCCUUCAGGAUUUUUUACUUUACAACACGGAACUGGCCAUUUGGAGAUUUACUUUGUAAGAUUUCAGUGAUGCUGUUUUAUACCAACAUGUAUGGAAGCAUUCUGUUCUUAACUUGCAUUAGUGUAGAUCGAUUUCUGGCGAUCCUCUACCCCUUUAAGUCAAAGACUCUAAGAACCAAACGAAAUGCAAAAAUUGUCUGCAUUGUCGUGUGGCUAACUGUGCUUGGAGGAAGCGCUCCAGCGGGUUUUUUUCAGUCUACCUACUCUCAGGGUAACAAUACCUCAAAAGCCUGCUUUGAAAAUUUUCCAGAAGCCACGUGGAAAACAUAUCUCUCAAGGAUUGUGAUUUUCAUUGAAAUAGUGGGAUUUUUUAUUCCUCUGAUUUUAAAUGUAACUUGUUCUAGUAUGGUGCUAAGAACUUUAAAUAAACCUGUUACAUUAAGUAGAAGCAAAAUAAACAAGACUAAGGUUUUAAAAAUGAUUUUUGUACACUUGGUCAUAUUUUGUUUCUGUUUUGUGCCUUACAAUAUCAACCUUAUCUUAUAUUCUCUUAUGCGAACACAAACAUUUGUAAAUUGCUUAGUCGUGGCCGCAGUACGGACAAUGUAUCCAAUCACUCUCUGCAUUGCUGUUACAAACUGUUGUUUUGACCCUAUAAUUUACUACUUUACAUCGGACACAAUUCAGAAUUCAAUAAAAAUGAAAAACUGGUCAGUUAGGAGAAGUGAGUCUAGAUUUUCUGAAGCUCAUGGCACGGACAGCUUUAUUCAACACAACCUACAGACCUUAAAAACCAAGAUAUCUGACAAUGAGUUGACAAUAUAAGCUGCUUGAAAUAAACUACUGGGACUUCACUGAAACAGAACCUACAAUCUCCUUCAACUGUGAAAAGUGUUUUCUUGGACUAUUAUUCCACCGCUGAGAGAAGAUGAAAACAGACAUUUUAAAGCUUGUAGUAUAGAGAAAAAUUGUAUUCAAGGUGUUAAGUAUUAAAACAUAUUUCAAUCUUGUAUACAUUCCAUUUUAUUUUUCUGAGCCAUUUGUACCUUUCUCUUCGUUAAAAACAGCCCUAAGCUGUUCAAAAUCUAAGUGACUGAUUUAAAUCAUGUGGUGACCAUCUUUACUGUCUUUGAAUUCCUUCGUACACUAAAUGAUUUAUACAUAUUUGAAGCUUUAAGUACUUAAUGUUUUUAUUCAACAUAUAUUUAAUUUCUACUUAAAUUUGAAUUAAAACUACUAAUUAUGCUUCUUAAACUAUAAUAACAAAUGAAAACGGAGAGUAAUUUGAAACAGUAUUUUUUUAAGUAUUUUCCCAAAAAUAGCUUAAAAUGUAGUUUUCUGUAGAAUGAUAACAUACUAACGCUAUUUGAGGAUCUUGGGCAAUUACUCUUAUAUUUUGGAGUUUUGUCUUUGUAGGCAAUUUAUAAAAAGCAGAGGCUAUCUAACUAUAUAGCAUACUUGUAAAUUAUGAUUUCAAACCAUUUUUUGGCUAUAACAACACUCAUUUUCAAAAUGAUACAUGCCACAAAAAUUUAGAGGGAAGAAACUAAUAGAAUGCUAUUUUGUCAAGGAAAUUUUUAAAAAAUAAAAUACUUCCAGAGAUACAUGCUAAACAUACGUUUAUGUCACAAUAAAGAACUUGGAUCUUAAAUUAAGCAUUUAGGUCAGAAAAACUACAGUUUAUUUCACUUUAAACAAGUGAAAUACAGUACUUGCUGCUUAGAAAGUGUUAUUAGAUAGAUAGAAACACAGAAAGAUAGAUACAGACAUAUAACAUGCUUUUCUUUCCUAAUAAGUCAAAGCCAAAUAGUGAAUAGUUGAAAUACGUUACUUCAAAUAAACAAAAUGUUAUCAUAUGUCAAAAUAAAUUAUGACGUAAGGACAUAGUUCCUUACAUAAAACAGCAAAGCCAUACGGCUAAAUAACUUAGCACAACUACAUUUUCAUUUCACUAAACAUAAAGCUAUAAUUCAGAUAUAAACUACCAACUACACUAAAACUUUACAUCUUCCACCAUCUUUUUUUUUAAUCUCCAAAGUCAACUAAAAAAGAAUGCUUUCUAUUUCAGAAAAAGGACAUGUAAUUAAAUGCUUCAGCACUUUGUUAGAUUUAGCAUUCAAUAUCUGAUUUUUACUGUCUUAAUCUUUCAAGUCCUAAAUACAACUUUGGACAAAUACGCUUAAGAUUUAAAUUUGAGUUUUGCUGUCACUGAGUUUUUGCUUUAAGAUUUAAAUUUAAGUUUUGCUGUCUCUGAGUCUGUAUAUGAUUUCAGAAAAAACACAGUCAUUUACUAGACAAGUAAAUCUAUUUUCAAUAAAAUACUGGUGAGGGGGUUUUAUUUAAGGGAUCCUGAGUUCUUUUUAGAUAAAUCUAAAGUAAAGUAAACCCUUUGAAACAAACACACUAGUGAAAAAAUUAGGCAGUCCUUUAUAACCCAAGAAAAGUAAGCAUAAGAAAACACUGUAAACAUGUUUUCUUCUGUUGACCCUGAAAUCCCUUUUUAGAUAUCACACUUCAGAAAAAAAAAAAAAAAAAA